UGUAUGCCUGAGCUGUGCAGUAUGCCGUAGCUCGGGACAGUUUCUCUUCCCUCUUCGCCUUGGGUAAUCUCUCGGCGUAGCUUUUGUCCCUGGGUCCGCCCUGUAUGCUUCGUCUCGCCAGGUCACUAUCCGUGGGCGGACCUUCAUACUCGUCUUCAUCAAACUCCCCCUUCUCAUCUUCAUCAUCCUGUGUCUCGGGAAGAAGAACAAGUUUUUCGCUGAGUUUACUCGUGCGCGCGGGCAUGUGUUGCGGUACUAAUCUGCCUGAGAGCUUGGGGUCGAGGGGGUGCCUUCCGCUGGGUGUACGGGUGUGCAUCAACGGCCGAUGCCCGGGAGGACCGCGACGCUGCUGCGAUGGUAUAUCGGAGGCAUAUUGCAGUAUAUUGUCGACCGAGAUUAAUUUUGCGCCUCCUCCGCCACCACCUAGUGGGCGUUGCCCAGUAUUUUGCCGUUGCAGUACUUGCGGUCGAACAUUCGGGUCUCGAGAAUCCGUCAUGAGCACGGUGGGUCCUCUUUUGCUCUUCGCUGUCGUUGCGCCGCUCAUUUUUGCCAGCGAAAUGAUAAUUUGGGUUGCGCAAUCAAGUGGGAGGUGGCGAGAAAGGUUGUAGGUAUGGUGAAGACCAUUGGGCGGUGGAAUCAAUGGUUUCUUGCGAUAAGAUUGAAAGCUCCGCAGUUCAGGUUCAAGGUUCACGUCAUUAAAAGCUCGGACCACUUCACUCAAUGUCUCCUCAACAGUGCACGCAUACACACAAUAUUUCUCAAUGAACCUGCUAGUAUUUUUCUGUGACUU